AUGUCUUCCAGCGAACACCCUGUCGCUAGUAACGACAACAGUGACAAAGAUUGCGCCAUUCUUAAGCCCAGCGAAGGCACCUGUGGAAUUUUACCCGACACCGAUAAAGACGUCGUCACCGUAGACGAAGAGAUCGCCGAGGAUCAAGAAAUGGAAGACAGCUACGUGUUCGUAGAAGCCGACUACCAUUCCUACAGCGAUGUCGCAUCUUCUGUCACCGAAGGCUCGAGUUCGGAGCGUGAGCUCUCAGAGCGUGAAGAGCAAGAACAUGCAAAGUCCAAGAGUGACGCUGACAAGAUGGAAGAGCAGAAUGGUGGUGUCAGGAAGGGGUUUGUCAAGGGAACGGCGGAGAAGAAGAGUUCCACUGGUGAAGGUAGUAGUGGCAAGGAUAAUGGAGAAGAUUUGCCAGAUUUCGUGAAGGAGAAGCGGGAGGCAUGA